GAGAAGGCCGGAGGAGAAUGCGACGUGAUUUGGGGGAGACGGGGAUCGGCCGGUGAGGAGAUGUCUGAUCCGGCGAUGAAGCUCUUUGGUAGUAGCAUCCCUCCCUCAGGAUGCCGAGGGGCCGGAGCAUUACCCGGCACCGGUGGCUGUGGAUGUGGAGAUGGUGUUUGGCUGAUUUUGGAGGUACUGUGUUUUCUGAAUUCAAUAAGGGAAAAGGAUGCAUGCAGAAACAUAAAAAGCUCUGAAACCAAUUAUCCAGUAUCAGAUGGCCCAGAGGAGAAUGGAAAUGUUAAAGAUGACCGAACAUCAAGUCAAGCAGUCAAACUGGCCGAAGAUCCUAAAACUGGGCAAGAACAAGCUGAAUCCAAUGUCCCAGGACAAGAGAAGAUUCUCAAGAAACCAGAUAAGAUACUGCCGUGCCCUCGCUGCAAAAGUAUGGCUACCAAGUUCUGUUAUUACAACAACUACAAUGUUAAUCAACCUAGGCACUUCUGCAAGAACUGUCAGAGGUAUUGGACUGCUGGUGGGACAAUGAGGAAUGUUCCUGUAGGUGCAGGAAGGCGUAAGAACAAGCAUUGCGCCAUGCACCAGCGCAACAUGGCGAUGUUAUCUGAUGGAGUUGAAGCUACUCAAGCAGAUGCUUCAGAUUCAACUCACAGGCUAUCAGUUUCUGUCCUGAAGUUUGGACCAGAAGCACCUCAUUGUGAGUCCAUGUCCUCUGUCCUUAAUCUCGGAGAUCAGAAGGGAACUUCUGAGUCGAGUUCUAUGGCUUGUGGUGAUACUAUUGAUGAACCAUCUUGUUCAUCUUCAGUGACAGCUCCCAAUUGUGUUGGAAAGGAAGUUCCUGAAAUAGGAAUGAAUGUGAAGCAAAGCGGCAUGCAGGGACUCGCCCUUGUGGAGCAAAUCCUAUGCAACAUUUUCUGUUUUAUCCCGGGCCUGCCUGGGCUUAUCCAUGGAGUACUCCAAUGAUGGGCGCCUGCAUUCUGUGCGCCUGCUAUUCCUUUGCUAUUUAUACCACCUCCAUUUUGGGGCUGUAUGGCCAACACGCCUUGUGCAGCAUGGAAUGUACCUUGGGUAGGAAACUACAUUGGCUUGUCACGGUCAUCCUCUACAACCGACUGUGCUUGUUCUUGCAAUGGCUCUCCAACCUUAGGGAAGCAUUCUAGAGAUGCCAGUUUUCAUCAAGAGGAGAAAACAGAGAAAUCUUUAUGGUUUCCGAAAACCUUGAGGAUUGAUGAUCCUGAUGAAGCUGCAAAGAGCUCUAUUUGGACUACCCUUGGCAUCAAACCUGAUGAAGGUGGUAUAUUUAAAGCUUUUCGGUCUAAAGCUGAGAACAAAGAUCAACUGUCAGAUGCUGCUCAAGUCUUGCAUGCAAAUCCAGCGGCCUUGUCCCGUUCUCAGUCAUUUCAUGAAAAUGCAUAAUGUGGUUGCUCUUGUGAAUAAACUUGUAUAGAGAAUAAGUUUGAUUGCCAUAUUUUCUAUGAUGGUUCAAGUUGUUCGACAAUGUAUUCUGUAAAUAGCAGAGAUGCCAUAUUGCAUUCU